AUUUAAUUCACUUUCGACGCCAACAACACUCAACUAGCGAUGCGACUAUUCCGAAAGCGUAUUUUAUCCACAGAAACAAACCCUUUCUCCCCGAGUCUGAUUUACUGCAGCCCUGACUGCGGGGUUAACAAUGGGAACAAUCACGAGCCCACUCAAGCUCUUGCACGGUUUCUUGUUGAAGCUUUCGACAGGUCUAGAUGGACCUUGAUGACUUCAAAAAUAUCGACAACUCCUGGUAAUUUGUCCUGAUAAAUCCCAAAACACUUAAAAGACCUACUGCAGGCAUCAAAAUGACUUGGCGUCCACGGGAACAUGUUCAUCAGCACUUGCGCCAGGAGGAGUAGCAUCAAAGCUUCACCGACGGUGGAAUUUGCAAUGGGACCGUAAAAUUCCUGGCCAAUGCAGUAUAAAGAGUGG